AUGAACCCUACCCAUGAUCUCACCCAUUCGCCGCAACGAUGGGACGUUAUUACCGAGGCCGUAUGUCUCACCAUUAGUACAUGUUGCGUAUGUAUGCGAAUGUACACGAAGCUGUUGAUUACCAAAGCUCCGGGGUGGGAGGACUUCUAUGCUAUAAUGACUUUUGAGACCGGCAAACAUGGCAGCGGCCUCCAUCGGUGGGAAGUAGCGCCAUCCGAUCUCCGAGAGUUCUUGAAGCUAGCAAAUGCAUGCCAAAUUCUAUACGGACCGAUAAUCUUCAUCACCAAGUUAUCUAUACUUCUUCUAUUUCUCCGCGUGUUUGCCCCAUCUGUCAAGGGUGUCACUUAUUUCUUCAUUCAACUGCUCAUCUGGUUCAACUUUUUCUUCUACUUCGCCGACACGAUCCUCAAGAUCUUCGAAUGCACGCCACGAUCCAGGAUUUGGGAUGCGGACGUGUCGGGUCACUGCAUCAAUAUCAAUGGCCCCAUCCUGGUUGCUUCGAUCUUCAAUGUAGUGUCGGAUUUUCUGAUCCUGUUUUUGCCGAUCGUCUGUGUUUGGCGUUUGCAGAUGACACUGAAAAAGAAGAUGUGUACUUCUGCCGUCUUCGUUGCGGGGAUCUUCGGCUGUAUUUCCAGUAUCAUGCGUCUUGUAUUCAGUAUUCCGAAUAGUGCGGCCACAGAUAACAUAUAUGUUUGGUUUCCAGAAUUCUUGUGGACUGCCGCUGAGAUAACUUCAGGGAUCAUCGCAGGUUGCCUACCAGCAUUACCUACUUUCCUGAGACAUUUCUUCCAGAAAACGAGAUAUCUCUUUUCAGAACCGCGCACGACCGGUUCCAACUCUACAACGAGUACUACGAAGAAAACAGUCGACACGAAGCGGUUCUCGGCUCGACCUGAACAGAAUGCUAGCCUUACAGAUUUACUUCCAGGGAGUAAUUUAGAAAUGCUAAGUUAUGUCGGCCGCAGUAGGAGGAGAUUUGAAGAGACUUGCUAUACCACAGUCCAAGCCAGUGUUGGAACUUCAGUAGAGAGAGUCCAAGAAAACCGUCCGAAUCCUGGAGACAGCCCAGGGCGGGGGAUCCUAAAGACUGUCGAAGUGGAUGUGGAUCCAACCGUCGAGAUGGCCCAGGAACGCUCCGGAAUUGUGGUCGGCUUGAACAAGGGCCAUAAAACCACCCCCCUCAACACCCCCAAGACCCGUGUCAGCCGCACCAAGGGCCAGUCUUCCCGCCGCACUGCCUUCGUCCGUGACAUCGCUCGUGAGGUUGUCGGUCUUGCCCCCUAUGAGCGCCGCAUCAUCGAACUCCUGAGAAACACUCAGGACAAGCGUGCUCGCAAGCUCGCCAAGAAGAGGCUCGGUACCUUCGGUCGUGGCAAGAGAAAGGUUGAGGACAUGCAGCGUGUCAUUGCUGAGUCUCGCCGUGUCACUGGUCACUAA